AUGUCGACUAUCGAGACUGGACCGUCGUCCGUCGACGUUUCGGCGUCAUACCUGAGCACGCGCAGCGUGCUUGGUCUGCUCAGCCUCUGGCUGGUGUACCAGUUCUUCAAGGCCCUUUACAACAUAUCGCCGCUGCACCCGUUGAGCGGCAUCCCCGGCCCGAAGUUGUCUGCUGCGACGUACAUCCCUGAGUUCUACCAUGAUGUUAUCAGAUUCGGCAGAUACACGAGAGAAAUCCAUCGCAUGCACGAGCAGUAUGGACCCAUCGUCCGCAUCAGCCCUCAUGAGGUUCACUGCAACGACGCCAACUUCUCCGACGAGAUCUACGCUGUGAGCGGUCGCAAGCGCGACAAGCCAGUUCACCAGAUCAACGGCUCGGCCCUGGGCGAGUCUGGAUUCGGAACCGUUGAUCACGACCAGCACCGUCUGCGACGUGGCCCUCUCGCCAAGUUCUUUUCGCGCGGCAACAUUGCCCGAUUGGAGGCGGAUUUGCAUGCGAUGGUCCAGAGGCUUUGCGACAAGCUGCUGAACGAGUCGGGCAAGAAGGAGUUUGAUGUAACAAUGGCUUACAGCUGCUUCACAUCCGAUGCCAUUUCGGGCUACUGUUUCGGCGAGAGCUUCGGCUUCCUGCAGCAGGAGGGGUGGUAUCCCAACUUCCGCGCCCCGACCGCCUCAAUUCUGCGACCCGUCUUUGUCUUCCGCUUCUUUCCCUGGACCAAGUCUCUUACCGUGCUUGGAGAGUGGCUCAUCAACUAUUUACCCGCGGAUAUCGCCCUGCUCAUCCAGACGUUGAAAAUCGAUAUCCCGAACAGGGUCAAGAAGACCAAGAAGGAACUCGAUGCCGGCAUCCGACAUGAGCGCCCCACAGUCUUCGGUUCCCUUUUGGAGUCGGAACUCUCCAUGCUCGAAAAGGAGCCCGAGCGAUUGGGCGACGAAGCCACAGCCGUUGUCGGCGCCGGGACCGAGACCACCAGCUGGGCCCUGUCCGUCAUGACUUAUCACCUCUUGACUAAGCCUGAGCUCCUCGCGAAGCUCCGCAAGGAACUCGACGGGGUUGUCACUGAUCCUCAGCACCUCCCAUCCUGGACGUCCCUGGAGACCCUCCCCUACCUGGGUGCAGUCAUCCAGGAGGGUCUUCGUCUGUCUUAUGGUGUCUCUGCGCGCACUGCUCGUAUCCCCACCCAGGAGAACCUGGUCUAUCGCGGCGAGUUCAACAAGAAGCCCGUCGAGUAUGUCAUCCCCCGCGGCUUCGCCAUCGGCAUGUCUGCCGCCAUCACCCACCACGAGGAGGGCGUCUUCCCCGAUUCCUACCAGUUCAUCCCCGAGCGCUGGCUGGAUGAGAAGAACAACCGCAGGAAGGACGUUGAGAAGGGCAUGCUCGCUUUCUCCAAGGGCAGCCGAUCUUGUUUGGGAAUGAACCUGGCUUUGUGUGAGAUGAACCUGUGUUUGACUGCUCUUGUCCUCCGCGUCCUGCCUCGUAUGCAACUAUUCGACACCGAGGACGAAGAUGUCGCUUACGAUCACGACAUGUUCGUGCCGGAGCCAGCCAAGGCCGACAACAUGUGGUCAACAACCCUCGACCCCGAUUUGCGAAUGCUCCCGCCAACGGGCCUCCCUCUCGCCAUCAUCGUCAUAUCAUGCGUCUUCCUCGUCUUCUCGGUAAUCUGCGUCGGGCUACGUACCCGCAUCCGCCUUGUCGAACGCACCUUUGGACUUGACGAUGGCCUCAUGGCGGCAGGAACGGUUGUUUACGUGGCGGUUGUUGGACUUGCUGUCUACGGUUGCUUCGUUGGACUCGGGACUCUCGAGGAGAACUUGAAUGCAUGGCUGUGGGCGGAGGGCCUCAAGAUCUACGUUGUCUGGAUCCUCGUCUACGUCGGCGCCCUUGCGCUCGUCAAGUCUUCAGUCUGCCUCACGAUUCAACGCAUUGUCACGACGGAUCGGGCUCUCACCAUCACGAUUUGGAUCCUUUUGGGCCUCACGUGGGCAUCUUUCUUCAUCACGUUCAUCGGAACCCUUCUCUACUGCCGACCUGUCGAAGCUCUAUGGACGCCAACGAUGAUUCUCUCCGGCGAGGGAACCUGCGCCGAUGUCGACGUCCUCAUUGCCAUCGGGCAUGUGGCCACCUCUUCCGCAAUCGUUACCGAUCUCGCUCUCGUCGUCGUUCCCGCUGUCAUUCUGUGGGGAACGCAGAUGAAGACGCAGACCAAGCUGCAAGUCUUUGGACUGCUGUCCUUCGCUUCUGUGGCGUCGAUCAUCACGAUGGUCCGCAUUCCUUACGUCAACCACUUUAAGGCCCAGACGAACCUCCAGUUCUGGGUCGCCCACACAGUCCUCUGCUCCAACGUCGAGACAGGCAUCGGCUGCAUCGCCUCCUCGGUCCCCUCUCUGCGCCGCUUCAUCGCACGCACACGCGGCACGACCGCCGAAGAUUCCGCACCCAGCAAAAGCAACGGAACGGGCGGGCUCUUCACGUUUGGCAGCAAGCCUGUCGAGAGGAGCCGCGACCCGUACCGCAACCCAACAGAUGUGGGCUUCAGUCUCGCCACUGUGCAUGGGAGGGGCGAUGACAGCUGGGAACGCCUCCAGGAUGGCGAUUCCGACAAAGGAGACCUGCUGCCGAACAACCAAAAGGGCGGCGGUAUCCACAAGCAGUUCACGUACACGGUCGAUAUCGAGACGGACUCCAGUCUGAAGACUGGCCGGUCUGGAUCGAGUCGGUAG